GAGCGGAAGCAGAACACCGGACGGUUCCCCGGUUUCUCUUUCAUCCUCCCGGCGUCCCGAGACUAAAUAAUCCGAGUCUUCCUCCCCCAACUUGCGCCGCCCCAGUCCAGGCGUCCUUGCUCGCUAGCUGCUCCCUCCUAGCACCAGUAUAUAUACGUUCCUCCUCUCCGCUUCCUUCCUCACCAACUUCUGAUCAGCAAGUGUAAAGAGUGGGAGGAAGAAGAAGCAGCAAAAAGUUCUCCUUUUUCGAGUUCUUGGAGCGAUCGAUCGAUCUGUUCUUGUUCCGUGGAGUGAGAGAGAGUCUGAGAGGAAUGGCGACCGCCGGGAAGGUGAUCAAGUGCAAAGCCGCGGUGGCAUGGGAGGCUGGCAAGCCGCUGUCGAUCGAGGAGGUGGAGGUGGCGCCGCCGCAGGCCAUGGAGGUGCGCGUCAAGAUCCUCUACACCGCGCUCUGCCACACCGAUGUCUACUUCUGGGAGGCCAAGGGGCAAACUCCGGUGUUCCCGAGGAUCUUAGGCCAUGAAGCUGGAGGCAUCGUGGAGAGUGUUGGAGAGGGUGUGACCGAGCUCACACCAGGCGACCAUGUUCUCCCAGUAUUCACUGGUGAGUGCAAGGAGUGUGCUCACUGCAAGUCAGAGGAGAGCAACAUGUGUGACCUCCUCAGGAUCAACGUCGACCGAGGUGUGAUGAUCGGAGAUGGACAGUCCCGCUUCUCCAUCAACGGGAAACCUAUCUUCCACUUUGUCGGGACAUCCACCUUCAGCGAGUACACCGUCAUCCAUGUUGGCUGCCUCGCGAAGAUCAACCCCGAGGCACCUCUUGACAAAGUUUGUGUUCUUAGCUGUGGUAUCUCAACUGGUCUUGGCGCAACACUCAAUGUCGCAAAACCAGUGAAGGGUUCGACGGUGGCGAUUUUUGGUCUUGGAGCUGUAGGCCUUGCUGCCAUGGAAGGCGCCAGGCUGGCUGGGGCAUCAAGGAUCAUCGGUGUCGACGUGAACCCGGCAAAAUAUGAACAAGCUAAGAAAUUUGGCUGCACUGACUUUGUGAACCCCAAGGACCACGACAAGCCGGUGCAAGAGGUGCUCGUUGAGAUGACCAAUGGCGGAGUCGACCGCAGUGUUGAGUGCACUGGCAACAUCAAUGCCAUGAUAUCUGCCUUUGAAUGUGUUCAUGAUGGCUGGGGUGUGGCCGUGCUGGUCGGUGUGCCGCACAAGGAGGCCGUGUUCAAGACUCACCCGAUGAACUUCCUGAGCGAGAAGACUCUGAAGGGAACCUUCUUCGGUAACUACAAACCGCGCACCGACCUGCCCAACGUUGUCGAGAUGUACAUGAAGAAGGAGCUGGAGCUGGAGAAGUUCAUCACGCACAGCGUGCCGUUCUCGGAGAUCAACACGGCGUUCGACCUGAUGCUCAAGGGGGAGGGCCUGCGCUGCAUCAUGAAGAUGGAUGAGUAAAGCUUGACCUCUUCUCUUGCAACUUUGUUGCAUAAGAAAGGAAAAUGUUAAGGCCUUCCCCUUGGUAGUAAUAAAAAUGUGGUCCUGAGACACGAACAUGUUCGUCCCUGUUUAUUUUGUUUCACGGUUUGAUCUUCACUGUCAGUAUCUGGUCAGAUUUCAGAGUCCCUGUAAUUACCUUUUUUGAUAAUAACAAUGAAGUAUUGUCAGCGUUAA